AUGGGUAAUUUAUUAUCUCAUACUUAUGGAGUCCCUUCAAUAAUUUCAAUAAUAAUUAUAGUAUCCUCAUCAAUUUUUUUAAUAAUUUUAAAAAAAGAUAAACAAAAAUAUAUAAAUAAUCAAAUUAAUAAUCAAAUUAAUAAUCAAAUUGUUCCUGAAAUAUCCAAUAAUAAUAGUUAUAAUAAUAGUGAUAAUAAUAAUAAUAAUAAUAAUAAUAAUAAUAAUAAUAAUAAUAAUAAUAAUAAUAAUAAUAAUAAUAAUAAUAAUAAUAAUAAUAAUAAUAACGAUGAUUCAUCUGUUAAUCUUGGCAAUAAUUUAAAAACUACAGAUUAUGAUAUUGUAAUUGAUUUACAAAGUGUUGAUACAUUUGUAAUUAAAGAUGCUUGUUGGACAGUAUAUGUCAAUAAAGAUUUACUUAAAAAUGUUAAAGAAGAUUCACCAAAUCCACUAGACUGUCUUUUAGAAGGUUCAAAUAAAUUUAGAACUGCAACCAUUAUUGGUUAUUUUAAAAGAGGCAAAACCUUUACAGCAAAUUUAAUAAAUAAUAUUAAUUUACCAUCUGGUAGUAAAACUAAAACAAAAGGUUUAUCAAUUUAUAUUUCUCAUACAAAUGAUACUUUAUUUAUUGAUACUCAAGGUAGUAAUACUCCUCUACCAUUUUUUGUAGAUGAAAAUGAAAAUGAAGAACUUAAAAAAGCUUAUAAUAUCAAUCAAGCUGAUGGAAGUAUUAAAUUGAAUAAUCUUCAUCUUGCACGUAAGAAAGCAACUGAAUCAUUCAUUCAAGAGACUGCUAUUAGUUUAUCAAAUGUUGUAAUUUUCGUUGUUAAUGAAAUGACAUGGCACGAUCAACAAAAUAUAAUGGCCAUUCAAAAGAAGAUUAAAACUCAAAAUCCAAUUGAAAAACAAAAAAUCAGAGAACUCUAUGUGUUUCAUAAUUAUAUGAAUAUUUCAAAUAUGGUUGAUCUAAUGGCAAUGAUUAAAACCUAUGUAACAACUCCAUUCAAAGGUUAUUUUCAUACUGAAUUCAGCCUUCAUUCUGAUAAUGAAUAUAUAAUUUAUUAUACAGAUGCCGAGAAUUUUACAACUCAUUUCUUUUUAUGUAAUCAUGGUAGUGAGUUUGGCAAAAAGUGGAAUGAAUUAGUGGGUAAAUUUGUCAAGACUAAAAUUAAAAAUGUUACAAAUCAAAACUAUGCAUUUGAUACAAUACUAUUAGAAACUUUAAAAGAGAAAAUGAAAACCAAUAUUAAAAAUCCAACAGAUUUAAAAAUUGUACCAUAUUAUAAUUCUCAAACUCAAGUUGUGGAAAUUGAAAAUAAAUCAUCGAGUACAAGAUCAAACACAUUUGUAUAUAAGAGACAGACUGGUAUACCAUUAAAGGAUCAAAAAACAUUGGAAGAUUUAGAAGAAAUGUUCAAUCAAGUUAAAGCACAUACUAUUGAUAUUAACCAAGUUCCAAUGUAUUCGAUUGUACCUGCUAUUAAAAAUAAUGAAUAUGAGCAAUGGAAAUAUGCAUUAAAUAACAAGGAUAUCAUUUUCAUUGAUAAUCUAUUGAUUGUAACUGGAAGUUUCAAUCCAACCUAUGACAGUCUUGAAUGUGAGAAUCGUACAUUAAUAUUCACAUUUGAUUUACCAGAUAUUCCAGAAUCUCAUUUCUCUCAUUCAAUCUACUAUGAUCCAAGUGACAAAGUUAGAUACUUAAAAGUCUCGGGUAAUAGAAAAUUAAGUUAUAGAGCAUUAACUGGUACACGUGGUGGUGAGAGUACAAUUAAUGAAUAUCCAUCAGCUGGUGUUAAAAUUGGUAAUAGUUUAAAUCUUAGAAAAGAUGGAGAAUUUGAUCUGAGAAUUCCAAUUGAAGCAAAUUAUAGUAAAAAUUAUUCAAAUCAUUUUGAAAAUGGUGUUUUAACAUUAACAUUUAAAGAAGAAAUUGAAGGUCUUCCAGAUGAAAGUUGCAAAUAA